UCCCAGGUGUUUUGAACGCAGCAUCCCUUUCCCUGUCUGCGUUCUGUAGUUUCUUGCUUCACUCUAGAAGGCAACGGGUGACAGAUCUCUGUGGCUAGAAAUCAGCCAACAAGCAACACAAAAAUGGCGUUCACAUUCGCGGCCUUUUGUUACAUGCUUGCGUUAUUGCUUACGGCCGCUCUCAUUUUCUUCGCUAUUUGGCAUAUCAUUGCAUUUGAUGAACUGAAGACCGAUUACAAGAAUCCGAUAGACCAAUGUAACACAUUAAAUCCGCUGGUACUCCCGGAGUAUCUCAUCCAUGUGUUCUUCUGCGUGAUGUUCCUGUGUGCUGCAGAGUGGCUCACCCUCGGCCUCAACAUGCCGCUGCUGGCCUACCACGUCUGGAGGUAUACGAGCAGGCCGGUGAUGAGUGGUCCAGGCCUCUAUGAUCCAACUACGAUCAUGAACGCUGACGUCUUGGCCUACUGUCAAAAGGAGGGCUGGUGCAAACUGGCCUUCUACCUCCUCUCCUUCUUCUACUAUCUCUACGGGAUGAUCUAUGUGUUGGUGAGCUCUUAGAGGGGAAAGAUCUGCAUGUCGGAGAUAAAACUGGUUUUAGUGGCCGCAGGAGAAGCUGAAGUGGGAUCUGCUGCGAAGACCGACCAUUCAAGAUGGCUGCCGUUUUCAAGAGGCUGGAUUGACUCAACACCAACGCAGUGUGCCAUUACUAUACAAAAACAUUUCUCCCCCUUUUUUUUCUUCCUUAAAUGAAUAUUGUCGGUUUCAGUCGCAGCUGUCCUCUCGUUCAACAGUCAACACAAUGCUUUUUGAGAGGAAGAAUGACUGACCUCAGAAUCGUUUGUUUCCAUUAUUUCAUGCUUUUAACAUUUUUAUUUAAUAAUCCCUACUUUUGACUGAACAAAUGUGCAUUGUCAGUUAAUAGUAAGCAGGCUGCUCUGAAUCUAACACUUAAUUGACUAUUAGGAAAUGUGGAUUUGAAUUAGAUGCCAAGCUUUUAAAAUGUAUUUAAGGUAUGCAAUGGGGGGGGUUUAUCAUAAUAAAAUAGUUUUCUUGCCCAGACACAUUUAAAACUUGAACUCACCUAAAUGGGUAUAAAGGGUCGAGUAGUCUUCAUCAUCGGAUGGAAAACGUGUUGCAUAGACGAGGGCCAUUAGUAUGGUUGUUUUAGGUUUGCCAUGCUUUCUGGUCGUCUCAUUCUACUUUUAUAGCCCUUGUCAUACAUCCUUGCUUUAACAGGUGUUCCCCCCCCCCCCCCCCC